CAGGCGGAAUCGGAAAUUUCAGAUACGCGCGCGCAAAAGGGGCGGACGGGGACGGGGACGGGGACCGGCCGGGGCGCGUUCUUUCUACUGCGCGUACAACGCCCGGCGUCCUGCCGCACCCCCACGCCCACGGUGUCGCCCGCGCGCGCUGCAGCCUUCUUUUACGCGCGGUAGGCGGAAAGACUCCCCGCACCCAGCGACGGCGCGACCCCUUGCGCUGCUCGUGCGUCUCCCGCCCGCCCCCGCGCACCUCCCCUCGCUCGUUUUCCUCAGCUAGCGCGCGCCUUCGUCUUCCUCCUCGCCGCUAGUCGCCGACCUGCCAUUGGAGACGCCGUAGGGGGCGGCUGCGGUGAGCAGUCCCUACCUAGCAUGGGGAGCAGGGGGCGGCGGGAUGCCGCUGCUGCGGUCCUGGGCCUCCUGCAGGUCUUCCUCUUCCACUCCGCGACGUCGCAGUCGUUCAUCGGCGUCAACUACGGGACGAUCGCCGACAACCUCCCGCCGCCGGCGUCGACGGCCAGCCUGCUCAUGUCCACGUCCAUCGGCAAGCUCCGCCUCUACGAGCCCCAGCCGGAGCUGGUCGCGGCGCUCGCGGGCUCCAACAUCUCCAUCCUGCUGGGCAUCCCCAACGGCGACGUGCCCAACCUCGCGUCCUCCCCCGCCGCCGCCGCGUCCUGGGCCGCCGCCAACAUCCCCACCACGGUGACCGUCUCCGCCAUCUCCGUCGGCAACGAGCUGCUCAACUCCGGCAACCCCACCCUCGCGCCCCAGCUCCUCCCCGCCAUGCAGAACCUCCUCGCCGCGCUCCCCGCCGGCUCGACCACCAAGAUCUCCACCGUGCACUCCAUGGCCGUGCUGUCGGCGUCGGACCCGCCGUCGUCCGGCGCGUUCCACCAGGACCUCGCCAGCAGCCUGGACCCGGUGCUGGACUUCCUCCACCAGAACGGCGCGCCCUUCAUGAUCAACCCGUACCCCUACUUCGCCUACGCCUCCGACACGCGGCCGGAGACGCUGGCGUUCUGCCUCUUCCAGCCCAACGCCGGCCGCGUCGACGCCGUGUCCGGGCUCACCUACACCAACAUGUUCGACGCGCAGCUGGACGCCAUCCGCGCGGCGCUGGACGCCAAGGGCUACGGCGACGUGGACAUCGUCAUCGCCGAGACCGGGUGGCCGUACAAGGGCGACGCCGACGAGGCUGGCGCCACCGUGGACAACGCCAAGGCCUACGUCGGCAACCUCGUAGCGCACCUCAAGUCCCAGGCCGGCACGCCGCGGACGCCCGGCAAGUCGGUGGACACCUACAUCUUCGCGCUCUACGACGAGAACCUCAAGAGCGGGCCGGAGUCGGAGCGCUCCUUCGGGCUGUACAAGGCGGACCUGACGGCGAACUACGACGCCGGGCUUGCCAAGAGCGGCGGCACGGCGGCUCCGACCAUUGUGACUCCGUCUCCGCCGCAGGGCACGCUGCAGCCGAGCAGGGGGACGACGCCGACGGGGUUCUGUCAGACGACGGCCGCCGUGCCGGGCAGCACGCAAGGCCAGCAGGUGCCGCUGAGCAGCUCGUGCUACAUCCCGGCCGGAGCCGUGCCGCGGCGAGCAGACGCCGGCACAUGGCAGCUUGCUUGGUUUGGUGUUUUGCUGUGGCUGGCAAUGGUAGCAGGCAUGUAGUUACAGCGUUUGUAACGUGACGGAACAAGUACAGCACAGCACAGUACAGGCUCUUUCGCAACCACAGCUGGGCUUAAGGAUUCACCGCCAUAUCAGUAGAUUUCAUGAAAACUGCUAAACGCAGUGACACAGAACGUUGAGCCGAUCUGUUGCCUUGCCCUUGCCUCGACGGCUCCACCUCGACUGCAACCCUUUGAAGUAGACAUAAAGGUCAGAUCGAUUGCGUGAGCCUUCCUCUUAAAAAAAAGGGUGGAUACAUGAGCAACGUUGUGAAUUUUAUCUACAGAGCUAGCUAAAGUUAGUUUCGUGGUAUGAACACUUGAGCUGCUUGCCUGAGCAGCGGCACCCUGGAUUUAUGCACUUCGGCACACCUAUGCCAACAA